AUGGAAUAUAACAGAAGAAACCGUAAGAGAAAAGGCCGAUCCGGAUUUUCAAUAUCUUCAAAUGGAUUAACCAGACAGUCUUCAAAUAAAUCUUCACUUUCUUUGAACGGCCUCUGCAGUUACUUUAUCAUAUCAAUUUUAAUUCUUACUAUUUAUUUGUUGCUUGAAUAUUAUUGUAAUACUUGCAAUUCAAAAUGCGAUUUAUAUAAUAUCACAAAGAAUAUUGAAAAUAUAGCGAAUAAUUUAUCAUUUAUGAAAGACAACUAUCGAGAUUUAGAAAAACGAGUUACAAAAUUUUCCCAAGAAUUUCCAAAAUUUGAAGGACAGCUCGAGAUUCUAGAAGCUCUUGCAAAUACAAUGGAAAAUGGUGACUUCGGCUGGAAUCCUAAAAUUCAUCUGCCUUUGCCUAAUGUAGAUGUAUCUCUAAAUAAGCCUAAAAGUACAACAGGGAAGAAAUUUGGCAAUAGUAGUGCUCAUAAUAUAAAAUUUGUUGAUGUUGACAUUGAUUAG